UCUGGCUGGGAGACUUUUGGUGUCAUGUCCAAGAUCGUAGUACCUAAAUGGUAACUCAGAUAUUAGCAGCUUUGGUGAAAUGAAAGGAUUCAAAAAAGGGUUUAAAAAGUUAAUCUCAUCUUCAGUACAGUAUCUUGCUCUGGCACAGAAGAUGCAUGUAUUCAUUAUAGUAAAUGAGAGAAGGGUUAAUAAAAGUCAAGACUGCGCCCAGUGGAACAGGAAAAAGGAACACCCAUCACCUCUGAUACGUGAACUACGUGUUUAAAAGGAACCCAGAAACAUGGCACCAGAAGUCACUGACAACCGUUCCUACAUUGACUUCCAUCCCUGUUAUGAAAUAGAUAAAGUGUCUUACACACUGACAAGCACCCCUUCCACAGUAUGUGUUUUAUUAUAUAUCUUCCUUGGCUCAUUGUCUGUUGCCACAAUAUGUGGAAAUCUUCUUGUAAUAAUCUCCAUCAUUUACUUCAAACAGCUCCACACUCCUACCAACUACAUCAUCCUGUCUCUGGCUGUGGCUGACCUGCUUGUAGGAGUUGUAGUUUUUCCUUUCAGCAUGGCAUUCUCUGUAACCUCAUGUCUGUACCAUCAAGAUUUAUUUUGUAAAAUACGAGAUGGCUUUGAUGUAAUACUGAGCACAUCUUCCAUUUUGAACUUAUGUUGUAUUUCCAUAGACAGAUAUUAUGCAGUGUGUCGGCCUCUGACAUACAGAACUAAGAUAAAUGAUCAUGUUGUUGUGAUCAUGAUCUUAAUGAGCUGGGGGAUAGCUUUUCUAAUUGGAAUUGGUUUAAUAAUUGUAGGAAUAAACCAAGAACAAUGUACUGCAACAUGUUUCAUCGAUGUUGUACUGGCAACCAUAAUGGGACUUAUUUUCUCAUUUUACCUUCCAGUGCUUUUAAUGCUCUGUAUCUACCUGAAGAUUUUCCUUGUUGCACAGGGACAGGCACGCAGCAUCCAGAACACAAAGUCUGGAGCAACUGUCAGUAAGAUGGAGAGAAAGGCCACCAAAACUCUGGCAACUGUUCUGGGAGUUUUUCUGAUGUGCUGGACCCCUUUCUUUCUCUGUGCAAACUUGCAGUUUUUGAAUCAUGUGUCAGUGCCAGUGCCUGUGUAUGAAACUUUCAUUUGGCUUGCACUAUCAAAUUCUAUGCUCAACCCUUUUAUUUAUGCUUUCUUUUACAGCUGGUUCAGAUCAGCUUUUAAAAUGAUCAUAUCAAGAAAGAUAUUUCAAGGUAAUUUUGCUAACUCAAAACUGCAUUGACAUAUUCUUUGUGCUGAAUACAACUACUGAUAAAAUUUGGCAGAGUAAAGAUUUUUCUGAAACCUGUA